AUGCCUCUGGUGAAGACGUUGCCACUCGACGACGUUAUUUUGACGGAAGACGAGUCCACUGCAGUUUAUAGAUACGAUUCGGGAGUUGUCAGCUUCGCAGAUUUGCAAAUUGCACGGGGAGAGCGAGGACUAAAGACUGGAGCAGUUACCAUAUCCUCUUCGUUUCUUUCGCCGUCGCCGUCUCAUCUCAGCCUCGACAUCGUCGUUGUGUUCGUCAUCAUAAUCAUGGCCGGAUCCUCCACAAGCUAUUACUUUGUCAUCAUAGGCACCAAGGACAAUCCACUUUACGAAGCAGAGUUCGGGUCCUUCAAGCAAGGCGGCGAUGGCAUUGCUAAGUUUCGCGAAGAGCAGCGGCACAUGAACCAAUUUAUCGCACAUUCCAGCCUCGAUUGCAUUGAAGAUCAACAAUGGGCAAGCAAGGAAAUGUACCUAAAAACCGUUGACAAGUUCAACAAUACCUGGGUAUCCUGCUUCCUAACCGGCGGAAAUAUCAAAUUUCUACUCGUACAUGAUACGCGAUCAGACGAACCUAUACGACAGUUCUUCACAGAUGUAUAUGACUUGUAUUGCAAAACGUUAAUGAACCCGUUCUAUGAGGUCAACAUGGCUAUUCGUAGCCAGACGUUCGACCAAAAGAUCAAGGCUGCAGCGAAAAAAUACCUCUAA